GCAGGGCACCGCAGGCGGGCGGCACCUCCUUCGCAUGGUCGAGCACAGGGUCACCUGCGUGAGCCAAUCCGGGCGCUGCCCAGGAUUCGCUGCGCGGGGGGGAAAGAGAGCCGCAUCUUCGAAUGCCAAAACCAACAUUGUAGAUUUUCGGAGGUCGGGCCGGAUUUCCCGAAUCGGCGCUGGCCCCCCCUGGCGGCGCCGAGGUUCCGCCUUUGGCGCGUUCCGGGCACAGGGGAAUGGGAGUCCAGCGCCGAUCCGAGAAAACCGCACAGACCUCCGACAGUUUCUGUUUCUGUCUUUGCACUUGCCUUCUAUCCCUGAUCCCGGAUCCCUCUCCGCCUCAUCCUCCUCAACGUGGCCAGGGGAGGGCGACGAGCCCUGUUCCGGUUUGGCUUCGCUUGGCUCAUCUCCAUCCACGUAUUGGACCUUAUUUUGGCAGGCGCGCCCAGAGCCGGGGAGGUGCCCGCCAUACAUGUUUCCGGGCAGCGAUGUGCUCUUCCUGGAGGGCCCUCCGCCCCAGGAGCUGCUGGACAAGAGAUGGCUGUGGCGCCUCCUGCUGGUCAUACUGGCCGUGACUUUCGUGCUGCGGAUCGUGGGGGGCGAUAUCGCUGGGGCAGUGCUGAGCGGGCUGAUGCUCUGCUUCGGUGUGGUCAUGAUCCGCGACGGCAUGCAGGAGAUGAUGAGGUACGCCCUGACAUACGGCAUCUUGUGCGCGCUGAAUUUUGUCCUCGACAUCGUGCCGCUGGUCAUGGGCCUGAACGGCCGCGUGCGCCGGCACACGGAGCCUGUCGCGGUCGUCAACGACAAGGGCGUCCAGCAGAUCACGUACACGCUCACGAAGCGGACGACGCCGUUUUUCAGCACGUCGGAGGGCAUCAUUUAUAACGCGCAGAGCUUGGCCAUGCUGCUCUCGCCGAUCUGUAUGCUCCUGGGUGCUUGCCUUUCGAUGAGCGCCCACCUGGCGUACCAGCGCAGCGCCCCGCGGUUCGACGCGGACUUGCAGGGGCAGUUGCCUGCGGGCUUGAGCCACUUGCCCCAGCAGAUCGCGGAGGCCCAGCAGGCGGCAGCCGCCCAGGCGGCCGCAGCCAGAGCCGAGGGGCGCCCGGUCCCAGCGCCCAACAACUUGGACCGCCGGCUUGCGAUGCCAGUGGGCCAGGCGGGCUGGGAGAGCUUCUCGGGGCCGGGCCACAAGCUGUGAGGCGUGCGCUCAGCGGGGUUUCCCGCCCCCCCUCCGUCCUCCUCUCCCUCCCUCCUCGCUCUCCUCCUCCGUUCCUCUCCUCCUCCGUUCCUCUCCU